UGUAGCGCCCUUACCGAUGGACCCUACUCAUACAUAUGAACAAAAGAAACUGAUUUUAUAUACCAGAUUGCGCUCUACAUCAAGCGAUUUUUCCGCAAGCUCGUCUACAUUUUCCGCACGACGCCUUCGCGCUCCGUGGCGUCGAAAUCUCACUAACUUUUUUCCCACUGUUAGCAUACCUCCAUCGCUACUACGGCGCAGGGGGACAAGUGCUGCGUAGAAGAUAAGCCAGUGCUUACUCAGUACACACUAUCCACUGUAACACUAUGAUAUAGAGCGCCAUCUAGUGUAUAAAACCAUUUGCAGCCAGUAUAAUUCGAUCAACGCAACACGGCGGCGAAGGCGUCUCAUGUUUAGUCCGCUCAAUAUUCUUUGAGCAUUGAUAGGUGUGUGUUUAUAACACGCAAUAAUAUAACCCGCACACACAAAACAAAGACAAGCAUCGAUGCCAUACCGUCGUGUUGGAAAACAAGGCUGUUCAUAUGAAAACGAAAUUUCAACGCCAAAGAAAACCGAGGAAGAACUCCACUUGCUUCCUACACCAUUCCGUAACAAGUGUUUUAGGUUUCCUUCCUUUUUACCCUGAUCAUAGCCUUUCUUCAUCCGCAUAUGUGAGUAGGUUCAGCCCAUUUCAACUCUUUUCCUUUCUGGCCAUUAUAGACAAUAGUUUUAGCAGUUUGUUGUUAAGUUUGAGUUAAAGAUGUUGACUCUCUUGACCGUAUGUGAAUGAUUUGUGUGUAUUUAUCUGUUGCCCUUCACUUGUCUGUAGUAGCCAAUAAAUUGAUCGUUCUUUUAAGUUACAUCGUUGGCUUGAUUUUCGUUUAUUUGUUCUUUUUUCUCCUUCGUUCAUAGUGUACGUAAUGUCUUCGAUAACCUUCCCGUAUCAACGCUUGUAUUUUAUGUUACUUAUUUUUUUCGUUUUUUCCUUUUCUUUCGUAAAUCGUACUACAGUUUAGUUUCAAACUGCGUUUAGGUGUAAGAAGAAGGGAAGACGGAAACAAGAUCGAAGGCGAAAUUUCAAAUUCAAACCAAGGGGUACCAUUGCAGGGUUGCUGCACACAAAGACAUUCUAACGGAUUGUGCCAUCAAAUAUUGGCCGUUGGAUUGGUAGAAGAACAUGCGAAAUCAAACAAAAAUGCUAUAUAUAAUGAUACAACAGAACAAAAAGAAAAACGCCAUGUACAAAGUAUAGAGAGAACGAGAUUUAGCGAACGAACACAAAUAAUGCUAGUGCUAGUGAUAAUGCUUUUCCACAUUUCAUCCCUUAAAACCGCGAACAUAAUGUUUAAAGCAACAAAUUUAAUCGAAUCUAGAGAAGUACGGUGCCGUUGAAAUAAACAUCUGAUUAAUUUAAUUAUCUUUUUUUUUUUGUAACGAGAAUAGAGAGUAACAAGAAGAGGCAAAAAAAACAGAAAAACAACACAAAGCCAGAGCAAGCCACACGGAAGAAAUUGUAACUAAACAACUAAUGCAACAGCUAACAAAACGAAACGAAAUCACACUGCAGAGAAGGAGCGUGCCAGCAACGCAACACGUACAGUGGUGGUACCGCUGCCCUCACGCAUACUGAUACAUGCAGAAUAAUGAAAUGCGCAAAUUGAUGAUAAUGAUGACGACUUCUAACUUGAUUUAAGGCGAAUUCAAUCGAAAGACACAAUCAUUUUAUAAUCAAAACAAUACUACAACAAGAACAAAAAAAUAAACAAGUGUAAUUUAAACGAAAGAUGUAAACAUAAAAAUAGUGACAAAACAACAGAAACUCGCGUGCAUUAUUAAACAAGGGCAAGGUGAAACGUAUGAUGCGGAUGCAACAAAAACAGAUAAAAAAAAACAAUAUAAGAAAAGCAAAUCGCGCAUAAACCCAAACAGCAGCACAACCCAAAUUCAUUAACAAAAGCAAAACAGUGCGACGAGCUAAGCGCUAAGAAAGUUGUGGUAAAAUGAGGUCUUGAGGGUAAGAGUAUAACACCUCUACGAACGAUAGAUAGUCCAUCAUACUAAACAAAACAAAAAACAAAAAAACAUUCAUUCACGCUAAACUGUUCACUCUUGGCUGCCGUUCGUCAUCUUUGCCGCAAGUGGCUGUGCGGGAUUGUUUUUUUUUAUAGAGCUCCUUCGGCUCCCUAGUCUCGGUGUGUUUUGCCAGCAAAAUAUGUACGUUAGUGUGUCGAUUUCGGUUAGUGUCGCGUAUCACUUAGUAUCACUGCGGCUGUGCGUCUUUCCGCUAGUGGUUUUUUUGCCCCAUCAUUUACUUGUUAAAAGCAAUUGUUACGACUUGAUGUAUAAUAAGGCUACACAGGGUGCUUUAGAAAUCGGUUAACUCGGACUGUUUGUUGCGUGUGUAUGUGUGUAUGUGUGCGUGUGCGUGCGUGUGUGUGUGUGCAUUUAGUUUUUAGGAGUCACUUUCGGGAGCGGGAGUGGGACAUGAGGAAAAUGAAUGGAAAUCAGAUCUCGUAUCAAUCGAAACCAUUGCAUAGAUUCGCAACCAAAGUACAGAAACACACUCGCCUGCAUGUACACAAUAGAAGAACAAGAAGAAGAAGAAGUAGAGGAAAUACACAAACAAAUAUGUCCUACAAUUCCUGCUCUCUAUUACGCUAUCAGAAUAGGUGUUUAGGAAGCCGGUGGACAGUGCACAGACAAACGAACUCUCUCGGCCUGUGUCGGACGGUAGCAUCACAGCAUCGGUGCCAGGGUAGUAAGCUUUGCGCAUUCCGUCUCUGCCGCAAGGGCAGACGUUUGCGAAAUCUGUCUGUGUGUAAAUAGAACUGAUAAGCGAGCUUUGUUUCGUUCUUAUGAACCCACUAAACAGCUAAUUCAGGUGAAUAUUAGUCAAUCAUGUGCUCUACUGUUUAAACAAAAAUUAAGGAAGCUAUCAAUACACUGUACACUGUGUACACUCUGAUGAGCUAGGAAGUGAGACAUUUUUCGUGCGCAUCCUUCAGCCAACGUCCGGAGUGAUGCUUCCAGUGAGUUCUCGUUCCGGAUAGUGCCGGAAUGCUAUUGUUCUGAAUCUGUUUCCAUCCAUUUCGAGCCGUUACGUGAAUGUUAGUAUUUAGGGGCUCAGUAUCUAUCUAAAACCUAAAAUAAAGUUUGUUGUUUCCGUUCCGCGUCGUAAGGGACUGGUGGAAGGCUGUGGUUUGACUGCUCGUGGUCAAACUGGUCACAAACGCGCUUUCAAUGUCUAUCAGUAAUAGGAGUACAAUAAUGAUUACUAUACUCCUGUCCGGCAAUCGAAAGGGUAUUCCAUUCGCUCCUUCCCUCAGCCGUAACCGUAACCAGGCCGUGCCGUGCGUGGUCUUUAUGGGGCUGAGGAUACAAGGGAGGGAAAUCCUUGCUCAGACUACUAGAAACUAUAUCGAAAAAUCGUAAUCGCACCAAAACCCUCCUAUCUGUACACUUUCUCCGUAGUUUGCUAGCGCUCUUACUGCAGGACCCGCCUCUAGUUCCAUGAUGUAGUGUCACUGCUACCGGUGCAUUAGUCAGCGCAUAAAAAAAGGAAUAAAAAUGAAACGGAAUGAAACCAAACAUAAAAAAAGAUCACCCCGCCUCACCCUCACCAAACGACGCACAGCCACACACGAACACGCUCACUAUAGCAAAGCAUACCUACACUAUGUCUAUGCAUAUUUGACCUAAUUAGAUAGCGCCUUAGAAAAAGAAAGCAAGCGACACAAGCGUCGAAACGACGCUUGCAAGCUCGCCAUGGGGAGGUUAGUUCUACGGACGAACGCGUGUCCAAUGCUUACGAUUAACCGAAUCAACGAUGAUUAUUUAACUGUUACUGAAUUGUGCGUGUGCGAGUGCAUUUUCUACUUCAGUUGAACGCUUCCAUCGUUAAACAGUACCACGCGCUGGUGGUGCCAAUGGUGUGACUUUCGUUGAAUCGCUCUGAAACAAACGCACUGAUCGUGGCGCGAUCCUUCGUGCGCCGACGCGUAUCCGGGUGUGCAUGGCCGGUUGCAGUCGUUGCCUGCAAUGGUUAGUUUGCACGAAAUGAGCGCAAACGUGCGAGGAAUAUUGUGUUCAACUUUACUGACGACAGCAAUACGAAAGUCUGUGUGCGAUAAAAACUAGAGCAAACGGUAGGGGAAAGAGGAAAACAAUGCUGAAGUGAAGCUUCCUACUCCGUGACAAAUAAACCCACAAAAAAGAAAGAAAGAAAGCAAGAAAAUAGCAAACAAACAAUAGACCAUUCAACACAGCAGCAGAAAACGAAACAAACAAACUAACAAACCAACCAACCAACCGGACAACAGACUUAGCAACAGCGUAUUAUUGAUGCAUAGUGUGUGCCGAUAUAGCAGGUGAUUUAUACUUCUAGAUUAGUGUACUUAACUUCAUACACAAAUAUAUAAAUAUACAUACAUGCAUAUGGGAGGAUAGAAGAAAAAAAUACACUCACACACACACACAUGCUGUGGAGAUGUAAUGCAUGAUUAAGCUUAGAGCGCGCGGCAUAAUUAGGCAACCAUCAAGCUAAACAAGGGACAGGCUACCAUUGCAUUGCAUGAUAAACGCUAAAUUGAAUCGAAAUAGUCGUUAUAUUUUCUAAGUGUAUUGAGAUUGUAAGAUACUAAACGUUUCGCUGCCUCUGUUCCCAUAGUGCAUAGUCGGAUCGGAUUAGGUUUUUUGUCUCUCUUUCUCUCCCCCUCUUCGGUAUGUCUGUGUGUAUGUGUGUGUGUGUGCGUGCUGGGCUGCCCCUUUCUGAGUGGAAGGCGACCACCCCCAACCAGUACCGCAACAACCAAUGACUAAGAGAUGCAAUAGUGCGCACCACCGAUGCGAUGGAAGUGUAAACACUAAAUAGUUAACCCGGAAGUCAGUCGCCGAUCUAGUGCACAGCAACACAAACAAACAAACAAACAAACAAGCAAAACAAACAGUAAUUCACAACAAACCGGAAACAUACAACUCGGCAGUAUUGUUUCACAGGAAGAUAACAUUCGAGCCAGUGAGUUUGGGCACACGUACACAGACAGCGAGUAGGAGAGGAAAAGCAGUGAGUAGGAAAAGAAAGUAAGCAAACAAACAAACAAAUAACACAAUGAGCAUUAUAAGGAUGCAAAGUGUGCUGUUUGUGUGAGUGUGUGUGUGAAGAAAAACCAAACCAAAAAAAAAAAUAAUGCAAACAAACGUCAAGGGUAGAAUCCUUUUUUUAUAGAUUUUUCAAAAAACUGACAAAAAAUCAUACAAAAAUAACUACUUCAGCUAGAGUAAUAAUUUAGUACGUAUAUAAGGUAUGUGGAAAUGCUAUACAAUUGUACAUAGGUCGUAAAUUAAAUCUCUGAAAAUUAUCCGUGCAUUUGAGUAAAAGGAUCAGUGGAACGUAAUGCGGAGAGAGAGAGAGAGAGAGAGAGAGAGAGAGAGAGAGAGAGAGAGAGAGAGAGAGAGA